UCUCAGAGGGCGUUCAGAACGCACACUACCCAAAUAGUGCACCCUUUCUGUGCCUAGGUAUUUAUUUGGUUUGAGAAUUUGUAUUAUCAAAGCGAAGCUGGGUGGUGCUUGCCAGAUUAUCCAGAUUAUAUUUGAGAAGUGAUCUAUGGUAACAGUUUUUCGAACGGAAGUGCAUAGUGGUGUAAAGUGUAGGUGAUGGUGGUGUUUUCUAGGAUUGCACGACAACUUGAAGAGAUUUGUGUUUGACGAACCGGUAAUGAGGUUAAGUUAGCUGGGAGUAUGGGACCGCCGGGAUGGGCAUGUGUACAAACCCAAGGGGCAAGUCUCGUCCAUUGACCAAAGCUACGGUACCGGUGCCUCAACGCUCAUUUACCUUAUAUACUAUUCUAACUGCCUUAUUGACUUUCGUCUUUUUACAAACGGUACACUGUAUACAAGAUGCAGUGCAUAUUACAGCAAUACUCGGUGAGUCGGUGGUUUUCAAUUGCCACGUGGAGUUCCCUGAGGGACACCCCGUGCCAUACGUGUUGCAAUGGGAGAAGAAGGUAGGCGAAACGGGACAGGACAUACCGAUCUAUAUCUGGUAUGAAAGUUACCCCACGCACAGCGGCGAGGGAUAUGAAGGAAGGGUAUCCAGGGUAUCUCCGGAUUCGCCCUACGGUGCUGCCUCCCUCAACCUCACCAAUAUUCGAGAAUCGGACCAAGGAUGGUAUGAAUGCAAGGUGGUAUUCCUCAACCGUCCACCCAACCAACCGAAAAACGGCACUUGGUUCCAUUUGGAUGUGCACGCACCCCCCAGGUUCGUAGUGACUCCUGAAGACAUUAUCUACGUAAACCUGGGGGACGCUAUUAUAUUAAACUGUCAAGCGGAAGGAACGCCCACACCCGAAAUCCUAUGGUACAAAGACGCUAAUCCUGUUGAAGCUUCUUCCACAAUAGGUAUCUUUAACGAUGGAACAGAACUACGAAUAUCAAAUAUUCGACACGAAGACAUCGGAGAUUACACUUGUAUAGCCAGAAAUGGUGAAGGACAAAUAUCUCACACGGCGAGGGUCAUCAUCGCAGGAGGUGCAGUCAUCAUGGUUCCUCCCACGAAUCAGACGAAACUCGAGGGCGAAAAGGUGCAGUUCAACUGCGAGGCGAAAGCGCAGCCCGGGAACGUGACUGUAAAAUGGUUCAGAGAAGGUGCUCCGGUCAAAGAAUUGGCUUCUUUGGAGACGAGGGUCACUAUCAAGAGGGACGGCUCGUUAGUCAUAAAUCCGGUCAGUUCGGAGGAUUCGGGUCAAUAUCUGUGCGAAGUGAGCAAUGGUAUCGGAGAGCCUCAGUCCGCAUCGGCCUAUUUGAAUGUCGAAUAUCCAGCAAAAGUAACAUUCACGCCUACAAUUCAAUACCUGCCAUUUCGACUAGCCGGAGUAGUUCAAUGUUAUAUCAAAGCCAAUCCUCCUCUGCAGUACGUUACGUGGACAAAGGACAAACGAUUGUUGGAACCUUAUCAGACCAAAGAUAUUGUCAUCAUGAAUAACGGUUCCCUAUUGUUUACGAGAGUGAACGAAAAUCAUCAGGGUCGAUACACGUGUACUCCUUAUAACGCCCAAGGCACGCAAGGGAGUUCAGGCCAGAUGGAAGUUUUAGUAAGGAAACCUCCAACUUUUACCAUCGAACCGGAAACGAUGUAUCAGAGAAAAGUUGGAGAAUCGGUCGAUAUGCCUUGCGAAUCAGUAGAGGCGGAAGGUACCCAGAAACCCACAAUCCAAUGGCAAAGGAGAGACGGUACUCCUUUGCCGAAAAACCGCGUAAAACUCAUAGCAGGAAAUUUAACUAUAGAAUCAAUUCGCCGUUUAGAUUUCGGAUUUUAUCAAUGCGUCGCCACCAACGAAGUAGCUACAAUUAUAACUGGCACGCAACUAGUAGUUGAAGGUACACAACCCCACGCUCCCUACAAUCUAACAGGCACUUCCACGGAAUUUUCCGCGACGCUUAGCUGGUUGCCGGGCUACAGCGGUGGUCCUGAUUAUAAACAAGACUAUACACUUUGGUACCGGGAAGCAGGACAAACGGAGUGGGCAACAAUUCCCGUAACACCAUCGGGUAGUACUCAGGUUACUAUAAACCGUUUAGCUCCUGGAACUACUUACGAAUUCCAAGUGAUCGGAAAAAAUGCUUUAGGAGAUGGUAUGAUGAGCAAGAUCAUCACUGUUAGAACCAUCGAAGUUGGACAACAAAAACCCAUAAAAAUAACCCCUACACCCUUUAUGACUCCAAACGAUGAUGCGGGACCAAAACCAGGAGUACCCCGAAACCUGACAGUGAACGAGAUCGAUAGCGGUUUCCUCAUCACCUGGGAGCCACCAAUGGAUAGGGCGGAGCUAAUUCAACACUAUGUGAUCAAAUACAGAACUGAUGGACCCUGGAAAACCUUGAACAAAGUUCAAAUUAGACCCGAAGAUACUCAUUAUUUAGUUAAGAACCUCGUAGGCGGUCGUACUUAUUACUUUCGAAUUCUCGCGUAUUCCGGAAAGAGCUUCGAAACCGGUGAAGAAGUCAAGUAUUCGGUGCCUGCUCGAGUCAAGCACAAAGCGCUUACUGCCGGCGUGGUGGGCGGAUUCCUCUUCUUCAUAGUCGCCAUCACUCUGUCCGUAUGCGCGGUCAAAAUAUGCAAUAAACGAAAACGGCGGAAACAAGAGAAAGCUUACAAUAUGGUAGCCUGUCGCAUAACCGAUACCAGAAAUGGAUCUAAUGCCACUGAGAGUCAAGUGCCUUUGAAAAAACUUAGAAAAGGCCGAAUACCAGGUAUGAGAACACUCGCCUUCAUCGCAAAUUGGGUAUGGCCAAGAGAUCGUUGCCGUUCAGGCAGCCUUUCAAGUCUCACCUGGCAUCCAGACUACCUCCACCCGGGUUCUCCUUCCAAAUCUCUGGCUCGCAUUUCGAGAGCUGCUGACGGACGUUUCGUAUUGGUCGAUUCCGUUUUGAGCCUCCGCGCCGACAGCUGUUCGAACGUAUCAAGCAGCGAUGACGGAGGAUUUCUACCAAAAAGGGGCGUUAAAAACCGAGCAUCGUGGCGAAGACCGCUCGUUGGGUAUCCCAGUGAGCUGAGUCUUCGUUCGGACGCUUCCGGCCAAUCUACUUCAGGUUUACCGGCUUUCAUCAUCAACCAAGGGUAUCAGCAACCAAAUCUGAAACCCAUACAAACGAUCUACAGCCCGCACACACCGCAAGUUAUGUCUAGUAGUCCUGCAACAUCGAGUGGGUUAUUGCUGUCUCCUUGGACUCCAUUGUACUUUAGUGAUUUGAGCUCCGUUAGAUAUCCUAGCUCUGGAGAGCGCUCUUAUCCCACGCCACCAGGAUUUAUGCAGCUCAAAUCGGUUCAUGAAAUGUACUCUCAAGAGCUUCCUCCUUUAAAGGCUAUUCAUGAAGAGCAUCAAGGGUUUAUACCUGUACAUCCUGUAAGGGAUAGUCCUAGAGCUGUACCGCAACAUCGAUUGGUUAGAGGUUCAAAAUUCCUACCUCCUAGACACGCCAGAAUAGCUAGAAGCGCUCCAGAGCUGGAUCAUUUGGAUAGAUCACCUGAAAGUAGGUCCAGCUCAAGCGGUUUCGGAAGCAAAAACACUUCACAGCAGAAUCAGAGCUUACACAGUGGGAGCACGUUUAUAGGAUGGGGUUUACCCCCUUACAGACCGCCACCGCCAGUUCCAUCGUCCAUGCUUCCACCGCCACCGCCAUCUCUUGUAGGUCAUUGGUUGGAUAUAGCUAGUUCGUCGCCAUCAGCUUCAGAUCACAUUCACAAAGCUGUUGAUGUAGGUAGCGUUGACGGUCACUACGAGUUCGAUCCUAGUACCCCCACCCCCACCCCAUCGACACCAACAGGAUCUAGAGACAUAGAUUUAGAUACUUCCGGUCCUGGUCCGAUGCAGAGAAAGAGUUACAACAUAAUCAGGAGCCGGUACGACAACAUCGAUGCGAGAGUUCAAGCCAUGAAACAGGAAUUUAACGAAUUCAGAAAGAGACAGGCUAGCAGGAAACGCAGCCAGGAAUUGGAAAGUGCCUGUUGAAAAUUGAAAUACGUUCUUUUCGUGAGUGCGCGACUUCGAAAUUUAUAUAAUAUAUAGUACGGCGCAAGGACGACUAAAUUGCUUCUAGUUUAGAAGCGACCUGUUACAAAAGUGUAGCUUCAUAAGGAGUUAUUAUGUGUGAUUGAAUUUUGAUGACACUCCCAGUUGAUCUAGGAGAAUUAUUUUAUCUUAAUACCUUUAUCUAAAUUGACCUAUGUCUCAAAAGUUUUGGUACACAUUUUAGAUGCCAUAAAAUGGAUAGUAAUGGUAAAUAGUAAGCUGGAAUUGGGAACGUAUUUUUUUUACUUUAACAUCUAUCUAAGUUUCUUAAAUCACUUAUGAUAUGUAUCAAUGAUAAGAGAAAUUUUUUUUAUUUAAAUUUUUCAUAAAAAGUCGGGUUUGAUUUUAAAUGACCUUUUUGGUCAUAUGAUACGAUAUGAAACUUUUUAAUUUUUCUUCUGGAAAUUAACCAAUAAAUAACAAACAGAAAUCAUGUUUUUCUAUGACUAGAUGAUUACAUUAUUCCAUAAUAAAGACGUUAUUUGAUUACCACCAAAUGUAACAGUUUUUGGUCAUUUAAUUAUCGUAAAAUCAAUUCAUCUCACGUAUUACAACAGUAGAUAGUAAGGCACUCGAUUACACGUUUUUCGAUUUUUCCCCAGAUCUGGGAAAAUAUGAAGAGUAUAAUUGGCACCUCCACAUUACAUUAAUCAAUGGUAAGUACGCCUGAUAAUUAAUCUGGAACUUAACAAAAAGGCAACGCUGCACAUGUACCUAGGAUUGAAUUAUGAGUGCGCUUUUGCCAGAUUACUCUAUAAAUUUCCCCAGAUCUGGUGAAAAAUCGACAAAAUGUGAUCAAAUGGUUUACUAUCUACUUACAACUUAUAGGACAAUAAUUACUGAUGGUUGUGAGUAAGAUAUACUGUGUUUAAGUCUCCCAAAAAAGUGAAAAAUCUAGAUUUAUGACAGAUCUAGAAUCGAAAUAAUGUGAAAUUAUUUUGCCCCAAAAUUAUUGAGACAUAACUUUAUAUCAGAAGGUGAAGAAAACUUUCACAUUAUGUACAGUAUUUCCAAUUAACACAUUAAUUUUUUUGAUAUCUAGGUACAAAUUGAAAUUGUCAUCAUUUUUAAAACUACUUAAUGAACGAUUUUAUGAAACUAACAUUUUUGUAAUUGGGACAUUAUGCCCGCCGGCCUAAAACUUAUUUUUGUCGAUUUUGAGUGUGAUAUCGUAACCAGUAAAAGCAAAACGAAAUAUGUUCUAAAUCUUGUAAUAAAUGAAACCCAGAACCAAGUCACAGACGUUUUUAAAAUCAAAUUACUAUUAGUAAGAUGUAAGGUACAUUAAAAAUUUAUGAAGCAAAAAAUAACUUGUAAUAGGUAAUUUCAGACUUAGGAUUUAAGUAUGAGGCUCAAUAUUUGGAUUAUGACUGGAAGCUUUAUAAAUCCAUUUAAUAAUCAUUUUAAGACUCUUAGCAAGGUGAUUUCGAUGAUUCUUCGUAAGAAAUCGAUUUAACUUAAUUACAUUAAUUUCAUAAAAAGAUUUGAUGUCCAGUUUAAUGGAAAAAGAAAAAAGUCAGGAUA